CUGUCCUGUUUCCAGAGCAGGGCCGGUGCCGUACAGCCCACUGCAGCCGCGGUACGCUACUUCCGUUCCGCAGAGGGCGACAGGCACCAGCCAGCCGAGACUGUGGCGGAGGUCCAGACACAAUAGACCGGGUCCCGGCUCUUCUCCAAUCCAAACCGGUAUGUCGGAUGAGGAUUCCCGUGCCAGCACCAGCUCUUCCUCAUCGCCACCUUCCUCCAGCCAAACCAGACAGAGGGACACACUUUGCAAAAAGAAACGGGAGAGCAAAGCCAGCAUGAGCAAGACCUCCAAGCUGCUUUCCACCAGCGCCAAAAGGAUUCAGAAAGAGCUGGCUGAUAUCACACUGGACCCUCCGCCAAACUGCAGUGCUGGCCCAAAAGGAGACAACAUCUAUGAGUGGAGGUCGACCAUCCUGGGACCACCGGGCUCCGUGUACGAGGGAGGCGUCUUCUUCCUGGACAUCGCCUUCACACCCGACUACCCCUUCAAACCCCCCAAGGUAACGUUUCGUACGAGGAUCUAUCACUGCAACAUCAACAGUCAGGGCGUGAUCUGCCUGGACAUCCUGAAGGACAACUGGAGCCCCGCCCUCACCAUCUCCAAGGUGCUGCUGUCCAUCUGCUCCCUGCUCACAGACUGUAACCCAGCCGAUCCCCUGGUGGGAAGCAUCGCCACCCAGUACACAACUAACAGAGCGGAACAUGACCGAACAGCCAAACAGUGGACAAAGAGAUACGCCACAUAAACCCACAGAGGACGACAGUGGGACGACGAG